AUGGCGUCGUCCGGGAUAGAACCGAUCGAGUUAUCUCGGGUGGAAACCGCAGUGUCGUCGUCCCAUCUGCCACCUUCGACACCCACCACGUUGGCCGAAUCGGAACGAGGUCCGCUCGAGCUCGCCUCCGCGGAUCUGCUCCCUCCACAAGGAGCGAAACGCUUCGAAGCACUCGACUCGUACCCCGAUGGUGGGGCUGAGGCAUGGCUACAAGUACUAGGAUGUUCGGCGUGCCUCAGUGUCUGUGUUGGAGGUAAGUCAACACAACAUCUCUGACCUUCAACGGCCCGCGCCCGGCCGACACAGUUCCGGGAGCACUCAACUCAUUUCGCUCCCCUUCGUGCAUGCUCAUGUGUCGUGGACGGACGUGUCUCCAGGUAUAUACAGCUGGUCAGUAGCCCAGAUCCACUUGCUUAUCCGUACACUACUUAUACUCACGCCAGUCAUCUUACUCGUGCAGGGGAAUCAUGGUUCGUCCACCGGUGUCGGUUCCGAAGGAUUCCGGCGCGUGGGGGCGUCUCGUUUCGUGUGACUAAUCACGUGACCCAAACCACGCCUCAAACAGCAAGACGCUCUUUCAGACCUGGGGCCCGGAACAAGUUGGAUUGGUAGUAUCCAAGCCGCUUCAACCGCCGCUCUCGCCAUCCCUUGCAACCGCCUCGUCGCUGCGUACGGCCCGAGGAAGAUCGCAUUGAUCGGCACCGUCAUCACCAGCGCCGGCCCGCUACUCGGCUCGUUCUGCUCCAAGUCAUUCGCCGGUCUCAUGGUCACCGAAGGCUUGCUCUUCGGUGUUGGCCAGAGUCUCAUCUUCUUUCCCGCUGCUACACUCCCCUCGUCUUAUUUCCUGAAGCGACGCAACUUGGCGACGGGGUGUACCUAUGCCGGAGGUGGAAUUGGAGGCGCAGGGUUUUCACUCUUGUCCUCGGUCUUGAUCAAGCGAGUCGGGAUUCCAUGGGCUUUGCGAGUGACGGCGCUCGUAUAUUUUGCCAUAACUCUCCCUGCAUCCUAUUUCAUCAAGGCGCGACUGCCCAGAAAACCACUGCGGGGGGGUGGCCCGGCCAUAGACUGGUGCGUCAGCCUUUCAAGCCUCUACCGCGACUCUGACUGAGCUGAACCCGCGCUGAUCUACUGAUCUACUCCCUAAUCCAACGCAGGACACUGUUUCGCGAUGCCAGAUUUGUCUUCUUAUUCUGCGGAGGAGCGUUCGCACUCUUCCCACUCUUCGGUCAAUCGCUUUUUUGUCCUCAUUUCCCAACCGGUCGCGCGAUAAGUAAAAUUGACUCCUGUUCCCCCUUUCGCCUCACAGUCCCGCCUUUCUUUUUGCCGCUUUAUGCCUCUGCCCUCGGCAUGUCAUCCCUCUCCGGCUCCCUUCUUCUGGCCGGAUUCAACCUUGCCUCCGCAGCCGGUCGGAUCGGAUUCGGCCUAGGCGCAGACCGCUACCUCGGUUCCCUGAAUAGUCAAAUCCUGUGCCUCUUCGUCUUUGGCGUCACAACCUUUAUCAUCUGGCCAUUGGCGACGACUCUCACACCUUUGGUCAUCUUCGCCGUCGUUAAUGGGACCGUCAAUGGAGGAUUUUUCUCCCUGAUGCCAGGAAGCGUGGCGAGUCUUUUCGGCACAGCGACGUUCUCGGUCACCUUCGGGAUGAUCUUGUUCAGCUGGGCACCAGGCUACUGCAUGGGCGCGCCGAUCGCGGGCUACAUCCUCGAAGCUGCAGGGGGAUCCAAAGCCGGUUAUGGGGCUUUCCGACCUGCGAUCUUCUACUCUGGUGCGCUAGCCAUGGUCUCGUGUGCAAUGUUGACCGUCGCUAGGGUUAUCGAGUCGCGAGAUCUUAAGAAACGGGUAUGA